AGUGAAAAAGUUCCCUCUCCCAUUCAGAAAACACAAAUAUCAAAAGCAAAAGUGAAAAAGAUUACAUCCCAAAAGCAACCAAAAAGCAAAUUCACACUGACACCAAACCAAAAAAAAACAUGUAUAUACAGUCAAGAUCCUAUUUUUAUACUCUCAAUCUCAUGCAUACUUGUUCCUCUUCAUUCCCAAAAAAUGGCAGAAAUUGUUCUUGCAGAACCAAUUCAAGAAAGUACUGCUAGUACCAGCAGAAGAGCUUAUACCACAAGCAAUGAAAGGCCCUAUACUAGAUCAAUCACUUACGGGCGUGAUCAUGUGCCUGAGCCCUUUGACAGUGAGAAGUUGCCAGUGACUUUGAUUUCGGAGAUUCAAAGAUUUCUUCGCGUAGCUAAUCUUAUCGAGUCAGAGGAGCCUCGUGUGGCUUAUCUUUGUCGGUUUCAUGCAUUCGAAGUAGCACAUAACUUGGAUAGGAAUUCGAAUGGCCGAGGAGUACGACAGUUUAAAACUGCCCUUCUUCAACGACUUGAACAGGAUGAAGAAGUUACUCUCAGGAAAAGGAAGGAAAGGACUGAUUUACGUGAACUUAGACGUGCUUAUCGCGAGUAUAAAGACUUCAUAAUCAAACAUGGUGGGGAGAGUAAUCUUGAAAAUAGAGAAAGGCUGACUAAGGCACGUGUCGUUGCUUCAGUAUUGUUUGAAGUAUUGGAUACAGUUUCCAGAGCAGCAGGUGUUCAGGCUGGGAGUGAGAGUAGCGAUGCCAAAUCUGAACUCUUUGUGUCAUAUAACAUUCUUCCACUUGAUCAAGGAGGAAUUCAUCACGCGAUCAUGCAACUCCCUGAGGUUAAAAUUGCGGUUGCUGCAGUUCGGGAUGUUCGUGGUUUGCCUUUCCUGGAAGAUUGUCGAAAACAAGAAACCAACCUGGAUUUGUUCAAGUGGCUUCAGUUUUGCUUUGGAUUUCAAAAAGGGAAUGUGGCCAACCAGAGAGAGCAUUUAAUUUUAUUACUUGCUAACACACAUGUUCGGCAGACUCAGAAGCAAGUAUUAGUACCCAAGCUAGGGGAUGUUGCUGUUGAUGAGCUGAUGAAGAAGUUUUUUAAAAAUUAUACAGAUUGGUGCAAAUUUUUGGGACGAAAGAGCAAUAUUAGGGUGCCAUAUCUGAAACAGGAGGCUCAGCAGUACAAACUUCUGUAUAUAGCUCUUUAUCUUCUGAUAUGGGGAGAGGCUGCAAAUUUAAGGUUUAUGCCAGAAUGCUUGUGUUACAUGUUUCACCAUAUGGCAUAUGAGCUGCAUAGCAUGCUAACUGGUGCUAUAAGCAUGACAACCGGAGAAAAGGUCAUACCAGCUUACCAAGGAGAUUCAGAAUCUUUUCUCAACAAUGUAGUGUUUCCGGUGUAUGAUGUCAUAUAUAAGGAAGCUAUGAAAAACGGAAAAGGAACAGCUGAUCAUUCGACAUGGAGGAACUAUGAUGAUCUGAAUGAAUUCUUUUGGUCUCCAGAUUGUUUUCAAAUAGGUUGGCCCAUGCGUCUGGACCAUGAUUUCUUUUGUAUAGAAACUCCAAAUAAUGUCAAAGUUAAAAAAGAAAAGGCUUCUGCUUCUGACCUUCAAGAAAACAAGGAUGCAAAUGAAGAUGAAGAAAUGGGGAUCCUAGUGGAUGAAGUGCGUGAACCAAAGUGGCUGGGGAAGACAAAUUUUGUAGAAAUCCGCUCAUUUUGGCAGAUUUUCAGAUGCUUUGACAGGAUGUGGAGCUUUUUUAUCCUAUCACUUCAGGCAAUGAUAAUAAUGGCUUCUCACGAUUUGGAGUCUCCUCUACAAGUCUUUGAUGCAACAGUACUCGAGGAUGUUAUGAGUAUCUUCAUCACUUCAGCAGUUCUUAAACUUGUAAAUGUUAUUCUUGAUAUCAUCUUUACAUGGAAAGCUCGAUGUACAAUAGACCCUAAUCAAACUCUGAAACAUGUGCUGAGGGUGGUUGUUGCUAUGAUGUGGACCAUCAUUCUUCCCGUAUAUUAUGCUAGUUCUCGUAAAAAAUAUACUUGUUAUUCAACACAAAGUGGGAGUUGGCUUGGAGAAUGGUGCUAUUCUUCCUAUAUGGUUGCAGUUGCGUUCUACUUGAUGACCAAUGCAGUUGACAUGGUUCUAUUUUUUGUGCCUGUGGUUGGAAAAUAUAUCGAGACCUCCAAUUACCGGAUAUGCAUGUUCUUAUCCUGGUGGACUCAGCCUAAGCUAUAUGUUGGGCGAGGAAUGCAAGAAAGCCAACUCUCCCUUCUGAAGUAUACCAUUUUCUGGCUGUUCUUGUUAAUAAGCAAACUUAUAUUUAGCUACACAUUUGAGAUAAAACCACUUAUAUCACCUACAAGACAGAUCAUGGCAAUCGGAGUAAAAAAUUACGACUGGCACGAGCUUUUCCCUAAAGUCAAGAGCAAUGCUGGAGCACUAGCUGCUAUAUGGGCUCCAAUUGUACUUGUAUAUUUCAUGGAUGCACAAAUCUGGUAUUCUGUCUACUGUGCAGUCUUUGGUGGAGUGUAUGGAAUCCUCCAGCAUCUUGGUGAGAUUCGGACAUUGGGAAUGCUGAGAAGUAGAUUUUACUCAUUACCUGAAGCUUUCAGUGAUCGUCUUGUCCCACCCGAAGCAAAAGAUUCUCGAAACACCUUAAUGAAUUGGCUCAUCCCUUUGACAUUCCAAUUCCAAAAGAACUUUCACUUAUCAGAAAGGGAAAAGAGCAAUGUUGUGAAGUUUGCUCUUGUGUGGAACCAGAUCAUCAGUAGCUUCCGAGAGGAGGACGUGAUAAGUGACAGGGAGAUGGAUUUGAUGAAAAUACCUGUAUCACCAGAAUUACUCUCUGGUCGAGUUUAUUGGCCCAUUUUUCUUUUAGCAGAUAAGCUUGCAAAUGCAUUAUCUAUUGCACGAGACUUUGAGGGAAAGGAUGAAACGCUUUUAAGAACAAUCAAGAAGGAUACAUACAUGUUUAUGGUUGUGAUAGAGUGUUAUGAAUCGCUGAAAUACAUACUCGAAAUUCUUGUUGUUGGUGACCUUGAGAGAAGGGUUAUUUCUGGUAUAUUAGAUGAAAUUGAUGAAAGCAUUCAAAAAUCAACACUUCUCAAGGACUUGAAGAUGAGCCAACUGCCGGUUCUAUGCGCUAAGUGUAUUACUUUACUUCAACUUCUGGUCGAGGGAAACGAAAGCCUUCAUAACAAAGUUGUAUUGGCAAUUCAAGAUAUCUUUGAGCUUGUAACAACCGAUAUGAUGUUAAAUGGGUCAAGAACGUUGGAGUCACUUAAUGUUCACCUGCAUAGUGGGGAAGAGGUUGUUGAAUAUUUCGUCUCGAUUGAAGCACCACUGUUUGCAUCUAAGGAUUCAAUCCAUUUUCCAUUGCCAGAUAGUGAUUCCUUAUUGGAAAAGAUCAAGCGAUUUCGUUUACUGCUUACUGUCAAAGAUAAAGCACUGGAUAUACCGACCAACUUGGAGGCUCGUAGGAGGAUUUGCUUUUUUGCCACUUCUCUGUCUAUGAACAUGCCAAAUGCUCCAAAGGUGCGGAACAUGUUAUCAUUCAGUGUUCUAACUCCACAUUUCAUGGAGGAAGUCAAAUUUUCAAAGAAGGAGCUCAAUUCAAGAAAACAAGCUGGAGUCUCUAUCCUUUUCUAUAUGAAAAAGAUAUUUCCAGAUGAAUGGGAAAACUUUUUGGAGCGCAUGGAAAAGGAAGGAAUAGAUGAAUCUAGUGAUGAAAUUGAAGAAGAGGAGAGAAAUUGGGCUUCUUUCCGAGGGCAAACUCUAAGCAGAACUGUCCGAGGAAUGAUGUACUACAGAAAAGCACUGAAGUUGCAAGCUUUUCUUGACAUGGCUGAGGAUGAAGAUAUCCUCCAAGGUUAUGAUGCAAUUGAGAGGAAAAAUGAUACAUUAUCAGCUCAACUUGAAGCCAUGGCAGACAUGAAAUUUAUACAUGUUGUGUCUUGUCAAAUAUAUGGAUUACAGAAGACUACUGGUGACCCUCAGGCUCAAGACAUACUCAAUUUGAUGAAAAGGUACCCUUCUUUACGCGUUGCUUAUGUUGAGGAGAAAGAAGAAAUUACAGCAGACAAGCCACGAAAAGUUUACUCAUCUAUUCUAGUUAAAGCUGUUAACGGUUUUGAUCAGGAAGUAUACCGUGUAAAGCUUCCAGGUCCACCAAAUAUUGGAGAAGGAAAACCUGAAAAUCAAAAUCAUUCCAUAAUUUUCACACGCGGUGAAGCUCUCCAAACAAUUGACAUGAACCAGGAUAAUUAUUUAGAAGAAGCUUUGAAAAUACGAAAUAUCUUGCAAGAGUUCCUGAAACACAGUGGUCGGCGUCCUCCCACAAUACUUGGCAUGAGAGAACACAUAUUUACAGGAAGUGUUUCUUCUUUAGCUUAG